AAAUCAUUUCAAAUCCCACAAUUUAAAUACGCAUGAGGAAUUGGCUGUCCACAGAGGAAAACUGGAAAUAAGUGAAACCUGCUCUGCAAGACCAGUGUCUGCUCACUGUCAACACCACUGGGACACCUUCUCGACUAUUCCUUUGCGGCAAUUUCUCAGGGAGUAACAUCUGCUUGGGAGACCACUUUGGAAGGAGCAACAUCUAAAGUUCAUCAUGCACCCUUGGGUAGCCAUCCUGGGCUUCCUACUCCUUCUGAUAGAUGGUGUAACAUCUUACCUACAUGUGAUUGGAGUGGAGGGUCAGUCUGUCAGGCUACCCUGCUCCUAUAAAGGAAAAGUCACAUCCACGUGCUGGGGCCGAGGGGAAUGUUCUUGGUUAGACUGCAGAAAUACCAUUAUCAGUACUGAGGAAUACAAAGUCACUGAACGGAAGAACGAACGUUAUAAGCUCAAGGGAAAUAUCGGUAGAAGGGAUGUUUCUUUGACCAUAGAGAAUGUAGUCCCUUCUGACAGUGGCUUGUAUUGUUGCCGUAUUAAGAGGUGGUUUUUCAAUGAUGAAAAAAACAUCAUAAAGUUGACUGUAAAGCCAGCUCCACCUACGACAACAGUGAACCCCAGUAUUACUACGGAAAGCACAAGGACCAGUACUACCGAGACUCCGAGAACAGCCAACACCGCUACUCCAACAGGGAACACCACUAUUCCAGAAAGGGAGAGCACUGCUAUAGUAGUCACGAAUCCUCAUAUGACAACGGGAGCCUCGACCUCUGCCCUUCCAACGCCCACUCCCACAAAGGACCCCAAGCCAGCUCCACCUACGACAACAGUGAACCCCAGUAUUACUACAGAAAGCACAAGGACCAGUACUACCGAGACUCCAAGAACAGCCAACACCGCUACUCCAACAGGGAACACCACUAUUCCAGAAAGGGAGAGCACUGCUAUAGUAGUCACGAAUCCUCAUAUGACAACGGGAGCCUCGACCUCUGCCCUUCCAACGCCCACUCCCACAAAGGACCCCAAGCCAGAAUUGGCUUCUGUGUCCUUGCACCUGUGA